CUUCUCAAACUCCACACGACCCACAAAAAAGGUGGAGAGAGAGGGAUAGAGCGAGAGAGGAAUAACGAGAUUUCGUUUGCAAUUGUUCUCCCGUAUUUCAUACACGUUUUACCGGCUAAAAACCUCCGUGCGAUUGCCCUUUAUUGCCUCGCUCGGAGAAGGAAGUCGCCGCGUUUUGAUUGUUUCGCGAGGGAGGAAAAAAACGUCCGCGGUCUUUGUUCAUUCAUUUCAUCGCUCGGUUUCCCUUUGUUGAACGAGCAUGGGAGCACAAAUCUCCAAAAACGCCGGAAAGGAGGAAGCCGCGGCGGAGAAGCCCGGCGAGGCUGCGGCCAAGACUAAUGGCCAGGAGAAUGGCCACGCCAAAACCAAUGGCGAUGCCUCUCCGGCAACCGAGGAGGCCAACAAGACCGACGUCCAGGCCAACGGCAGCACCCCCACCGAGGAGGCGCCCAAGGAGGAUGGUGACAAGCCGGAGGAAGCUGAGAAGGAGCCCGAGGCCGCCGCUGCCGCCACCAACGGCGAGGCCGCUACCAAACCCGAGGAAACCACUGAGGAGGGCAAGCAGAAGAAGAAACGCUUCUCCUUCAAGAAGCCUUCCUUCAAGCUGAGCGGGUUCUCCUUCAAGAAGACCAAGAAGGAGUCCGAAGAGGAGGAGAAGGUGGAGGGAGAGAACGCGGAAGUCGAGAAGGCGCCAGCACAGGAGGAAGGGGCGGCGGCGGCGGCAGCAGCAACGGUGGAGGAGGAGAAGAAGGCCGAAGAGGAGAAGGCGCCGGCAAAGGAGGAGGCCAAAGAAGUGGCCACACCUGAGGAGCCCAAAGCCGACGAGGUGGCCAAGGAGGAGAAACCAGCUGAAGCUUCUUCACCAGCUGAACCCGAGGCCGCCGUAACCCCGAGUCCAGUGGCCCCCGCUGAAUAAUUCUACUGAAGAACACGCCGAAAUGAAGGAGGCCCAUGGAGCCCAUCUGAAAGAAUGCGAGGACUUGUCUGAAACCAGGGAUUUUGUUUUCCUUCAUAAUUGUUUGUCUGUUGUUUUUUUUUAACAUCUCAUCCAUAAUGACUGCAAUGUAGGUUGUGGGAGGAUCUUCCCUGGCCCUGUGCUUGCAUUCGUGGGUGAACGUGCGACUGUGAGCUUGACUUUUUCUUUUUUUUGUUCUUUUCUACAUCAUACUGACAUAUUUAAUUCAAGUAUUUGGUGCUGGGCUAAUUGGAUGUAGCAGCUACAGCUGUGCAAGUCUUGUGCAGCGAAAUUAACAAAAAAAAAAGAAAAAAAGGGAAGACAGCCCUUAGCAGAGUCUUAAAACAAAGCAAAACGUCAUUGUAUUUCAGCUAUCGCGUGGACCACAAGCAUUCCCUUCUCCGUGGAACUAGAUUUAGUCACCAAACAAUCUUAACAAUAACAUAGGUGCUCAUCACUUCUGCCAUUUCCAAACCGUAGUAAAUGCACGUUGUAUAGACUUUGAUAUUGCUGGUUUUAUGACUGAAAUGUACCUAAAUGACAUUUUUAACCCAUUGUAAAUGACUGUUUUCUUGUUGUCCCCCCCCCCUCACCAUUUGUAAGACUGAAUAAAACUGCGAGAUGUUUUAAGCAAAAACAAAACAAACAAAAAAAACUGACCAAGCUGUGAUGAUUAUAUAACACUUCAUCUCUAGACUAGUACAUUUUAGGUAGGACAUCUUUUUUUUUCUUCUUCUUUUGUACAUAAGGAUUGAAUGUAACAUUGGCUACAACAUGGUAUUUAGGUGUUGACUUUCUGUGAGCACUGAAUAAUAAAGGAAAGUGUGAAUUGGCA